AUGCCGCGGCUCAACCCCGUCUCGCAGGCCGCCAUCGAUAGACUCAGACAAUAUACGCCGCCGCCGACGAACUACGACCUCGCUCCGCUGUCGCGUCGCGCGGCGGUCUUGGUGCUACUGUAUGCGGAUCGGGAGGGGGCGUUGAGGGUGGUUCUGACGAUGAGAGCGAAGACGUUGAGUUCUUAUGCUGGUCAGGCUGCUUUACCCGGUGGCCGCGCCGAUUCUCUGGCCGAAUCACCCUUUCAGACGGCCCGCCGCGAGGCCUACGAGGAGAUCGGUCUGCCGCAGGAGGACAGCAGUCUUCCGCGGCCCUUUCGCGUGGAGCACCUCUGCGAACUCCCGGCGAACCUCGCCCGGACGGAGCUGGUGGUCCGGCCGUGUGUGGCAUUGCUGCAUUCCUACGACGAGGCCACGGCCGAGAACGCCGACCCCGAGGUGUCGCUGAUCCCCCGGCUGGAUGCCAAGGAGGUGGCGGCGGUGUUUACCGCCCCCUUCCAGGAUUUCCUGCGCGUCAAGGGCGAUACUGACCCUCAAUGGUAUCAAGGAUCUUGGACGGAGUGGCAUGAGAGUCGGUGGAGAAUGCACCAAUUCUUCGUUCCGGUUCGUUCGGAGGACGUAGUCAAGCCGAAGGGUGAGAACGAAGAACAGCAACACCUCCUCACUCAGCUUGAGAAGCAGGAGACGGGAUCCGCGGCGGCGCGGUACCGGGUCUGGGGCAUGACCGCUCGGAUGAUGGUGGAUGUGGCGCGAGUGGCGUAUGCACAGGAACCCGAGUUUGGACACAACAGCCACUUUGGGGACGAGGCGAUGAUCUCACGCCUGCUGAAGAUGGGCCGCUUGAGUGCGGUCCGACAAAAGGGGGAUCAGUUAACCAAGGAGGAUAUGAAGCUGGCUGCUAAGCUCAGUUGAGGGCUGUCAUCCUCCCUUGGAUAUAUUAUGACGACACAUGACCAAUUGCAUUGGAACAAGAUGCAAGUCCGGUCGAAUAGACGGCUGAUGAUAUUGCCAGCAUAAGCGGCUAAGCAUCGAUCCCACAUAGCAAACAUCUCUGAUGCCCCGCAAGCUUAGCCCAACAGAGCGACUUCACCUGGACCUCUUGCCCACGGGCUGGGGUGCAUGAGUGAGGAGCUGAAUACCAUCGACGGAGAUAAUUUGGAAUUCUGAUCCCGUUCGGAAUUAUAGCAAGAUGGCGUGCUGCAGGACUCAACAUUGGGACU